AUGGGUUCGGUACCAGUGAUCAAUGGUAUUCGCGGGUCUUCAGACCAGACCAAGCCUGCACAGUCGCUAGCUGAAAUAGAAGAGAGAUACAAGAACGAGCAUGAUAAGCGAAUCCGUUCAGAUGGACUCGCUCAAUUUACUGAUCUCUAUUCUCUACCGAAAUUUCGGCGCUUCAAGCAAGACCCCUGGGCUGAUCCGUCCACCUACGACUCGCUUCCACGGGCACAGGAUGGUGACAGGCGGGAAAUUCUAAUUAUGGGAACCGGGAUCGCCGCUCUUGUCUUCGCUGUUCGACUUCUCGAUGCUGGAUUCAAAGCCGAAGAUAUGCAAUUCGUUGACACUUCUGCUGGCUUUGGCGGUACCUGGUACUGGAACCGAUAUCCCGGUCUCAUGUGCGAUGUCGAAAGCUACAUCUACAUGCCGCUGCUCGAAGAGACCGGCUACAUUCCCAAGAACAAAUACGCAUCCGGCACUGAGCUUAGAGAACAGUCCGAGCGUAUCGCCAAGCAGUACGGACUAUCUGAUCACACUUGGUUUCGGACACGAAUGCUUGAUUCAGUGUGGGAUGAUGAUGCCAAAGAGUGGGUUUCGAGGCUCUCGGAGCAGCUCAGCGACGGCCAAGAGCGUGAGCCCGUUACUGUGCGGUCACGUUUUGUCAUCCUUACUACUGGGUUGAUGCUGAUUCCCCAAAUCCCCCAAAUCAAAGGCGUGGAAAAGUUUGACGGAGAAUGUUUCCAUGCGGCUCGGUGGGAUUACAAUGUCACUGGUGGCACUCCGCAAGACCCUUCGUUAGUCAACCUGAGAGGUAAAAAGGUUGGCAUCAUUGGAACCGGAGCAUCUGCGGUGCAGGUUGUGCCAGAGCUCGCAAAGUGGGUGGAUCAGCUGUAUGUCUUUCAAAGGACACCCUCAGCCGUCGACACACGAGGAAAUCGACCCACAGAUGUGGAACGAUUCAAGACCGAAAUUGGCAACAAACCUGGCUGGUGGGCAGCUCGGUGUCAGAACUUUGCUGCUUUCGUCAACAACAGUGAUCCCAAGCCCGAGGUCGACCUAGUUCAUGAUGGCUGGACCACCAUGCUGUCGUAUAGUGCACUUAUCGGCACCACCGCCCAUAAACCUAAGACUCCGGAGGAAAUACAAGAGUACUAUAAGUACCUUCACGAACUCGACUUGGAGCGACAGAGCAAAAUACGAGAUCGUGUUGAUGUUAUUGUUAAGGACCCUACCGUUGCAGCCAAACUGAAGCCAUGGUACGCCGGAUUCUGUAAGCGGCCUUGCUUUCACGAUGAAUAUCUGCAAAGUUUCAACAAGCCCAACGUGCAACUCGUCGAUACGGACGGAAGGGGUAUUGACGAGAUCACCGAGACGGGGCUCGUGGUUAAAGGUACAUCUUACAACGUCGACGUACUUAUCCUCGCAACGGGCUACAAGAGCCCGUUCCUCUUCAGCCCUCCCGGAAGAGUGGGAGUUGAUGUUAUCGGCCGCGACGGUGUUGAUCUAGACAAGAAGUGGACAAACGCCGUCACGACGCUGCACGGCUUAAUGAGUCACGAUUUCCCCAAUCUGUUUUGGCCAGGUUUCAUUCAAGCCGGCGGAAAUCCAAACUAUACCUACACUAUCAAUCAGGGCGCGCUUCAAGUGGCCCACAUCAUGGCAGCUGGUGUAAAGAAAUCGAUCUCAACCACUCCUUCCAACUCAACUUACAGGCACAACUUCACGGUGGAAGCAACGGCAGAGGGCGAGGAAAAUUGGUCACAGGCAGUGGCAUCGCACGCAUUCAUGCUGGGAGCCACGGCAGGCUGUACUCCUAGCUACAUGAACGCUGAGGGAGAGCUUGAGGGACUUACUGAUCCUGUACAGCUUGCGAAGACGGCCCGUAGUGCGACCUGGGGUAAGGGACAGGCGGACUUUGACAAGGUUCUCGUGGAGUGGCGGAAGAAGGGCAAUUUCGAAGGUGUAGACAUAAAGAGCGUCUCAGACUAA